UCAGGCCGAGGCGCGCGACUGCGGCAGGCCGUGGGCUCCCUCCGCUGGUGAGCGGCGCGGGGGCGGGCCGCCUGCCUCGUCCAUACAGGCGCUUCCUCUCCGUCGCCCCUCCCGCCCUUAGGACAGGGCGUCUGUCCUUGAACGGAGGAUAAAAGCAGCCGUCCCUCCUCUUUCUUCUCUUGAUCUGUUACUGCUGCUGCACGUCUGGGCCUGUGCUUGUCGCACCCACGGACCUGCGCCGCUGUGCGAGAGAGGGAAGGGAGGGCGGCGACGGGGACCAGAUUUGUAACCUGACCUGGCACAAAUGGAGGAGAUUGGCCACUACGAUGGGAGAGUCCUGCUGGGACACAAGAGUUAAUAAAAAUGGAUCUGUCACUGUUUAUAAUGUAGCAGAACCUGAAGAAAUAUAAAGUGGCUUUGUGUUAUGCUGACUAACAUCACAGGGCAUCGGUUAGUGACACGUCAAACAAUGAUUCCAAGGAUCCUGACGCUCUUUCCCCACAUUUGUGGCAACAGAAUGUUGUCAGGUUAUAAACCUAAAAGCAGCAUCAAGGACUCUUACAAAAUUCUUGAGCUUGAGGAAGGAUGUUCCCUUGAUGAUAUCAGAAACUCCUAUCGAAGCCUUGCCAAAAAGUACCAUCCAGACAGCAGUGCUGCCACAGCUGAUACUGCGGCAUUUAUUAAGGUGGAAGAAGCAUACAGAGUUGUGCUCGAUGAUGUGGCGACCAAAACGAAAUCAAGUGAGAAUAAUGAAGAGGAGGAAGAUCUGUUCAAAACAAAAUCGCCACAGCAUAGACACUACUUGAGUUUUGAAGGCGUUGGUAUUGGAACCCCAAGCCAAAGAGAAAAGCAAUACAUGCAGUUUCGAGUGGAUCGUGCCACUGAGCAAGUGUUGGAGUACCGGAAGCAGAGACUUGAGAGCCAGUAUGCUGGGAGCGACCUGAUGAAAGCCAAAGAUGUGAGGGAGAGCAAAAAGAUGAAAAUAACUCAGGCAGUUGAACGGUUGGUUGAGGACCUCAUCCAAGAAUCAAUGGCAAAAGGAGACUUUGACAACCUCAGGGGCAAAGGAAAGCCUUUGCAGAAAUUUUCUGAUUGUCCCUAUAUUGACCCUAUGACUCACAACUUGAACAGGAUCCUGAUAGACAACGGAUACCAGCCAGAGUGGAUCCUGAUGCAGAAAGAAAUACGGGAGACUAUUGAGCGGUUAAGGAAGAAUAUAGUGGCAUCUCAGAGUAAGCUUGGAGGGCCGAUGACACCACAUAGGCAGAAGCAGUGGAAUCGUAUUUGUGAGCAAUUUAGAGAAGAUAUCAGGAAAUUAAAUAAGCGAGUUGACAGCUUCAAUCUAGUUGUUCCUCUUCUGAGCAGACAAAUGACGCACUUCAGCGCAGACAAAGAAAUUGUUCGAGCACAAAAGACUUACGAAGCUUUGAUGGAAAACAGAGAGGCUUCUAACUCAGACACAAAGGAAAAUGAAGUGGAAAAUGUUAAAAAGUUUGGAUGGAAGUCUUCUCUGUUUAAGUGGUUAAACCUUACAGAGAAGUAAAGAUAAUACUAAUUCACCUCUCUUGUCAAGAUUUUCAAUGCACUUUAUUAAUAGAAACUUGUAGCACUACAGAAAUUUCAGUCACACUGAAAAUGCCAAAUCCAGCUGUGCACUGUUACACCUGUUACAAGUAAUUGGAUUGUCUGAUGUGCAUUUGCAGGUGCUUGAUUUAUUUGUGAAUGUUGUUGAAGAACAAAUAAAUUCAGUUAUGCUCUUGCACGUCAUUUUGCUUCUGCUGAAAUCAGAAUAAAAGCUUGACCUUAGCAGAGAGUAUGAUCACUUUUGCCCUCUGUUAUCUUUUCAAAAGGUGAAAUUGGGGCACAGGAAGGACAACGUGGAAGCUGUGCUGUGUUGGUUUGACCUUUAUCCUUUUUUGAGUAAAUGCU